AUGUAUAAAUCUGAAUUUCGCAAAAAAUUGUCGUUGGUUUAUGUUAAGAAUUGGAAACAAAAACCUUCAGUAAAAUUUUUAGCAUACUUAGCAUCAAAAACAGUUGGAUACUGUGGUAGUGAUCUUCAAGCUUUAUGUGCAGAAGCAGUAAUGUGUUGUGUUAGGAGACACUAUCCUCAAAUUUAUUUGUCUAAGACUAAAUUGAAUAUCAACGAAAAAUCAUUAAAGGUUGAAAAACAAGAUUUUAUAAAAGCACAGAAAAAUAUUAUUCCCGCAUCGUAUCGAGUAAAAUUAGUAGUUGUCAAGUGCUUGUCAAAUACAAUUGUUCCUCUAUUACAAGAUGUUUUUUCUUUUAUUUUAAAUUUAAUACAUACGACUUCUCCUCCAGAAAUGCUUGUUCUGAGAAAUACCCAAAAUUUAUCAAUUUCUAAAUGUAUCAAUUGUCCGAGGAUUUUAAUCUGUGGUCUAGAUAAUAGUCAUACCCAUCAUUUAGCUCCAGCAGUCUUGCAUGAAUUUGAACAUUUACCAUGCCAUGUACUAGAUGUUAUUACUCUUUUUGAAGAAACUGGGAAAGCAGUUGAAGAAAUAAUAAUACAAAAAGUCAAAAGUGCUAAGCAUACACUUCCAUCUCUUCUCUACGUACCAGAUAUUCUUUUGUGGUGGAAUUUAGUGGAUCAAAUCUGUCGAAAUAUUUUCAUCUCCCUCAUGAAGGGACAAAAUCGAUCAGUUAAAAUGCUUGUAUUGAUUACGAUCACUUCUGACAUCAUAAACAUCCCACACGAGAUUUUAGAAUUAUUUGAUCAACGACGAGGGGAAGUAGUUGAGAUUCAAUAUCCUAACAGUGUUCAACGAUUAAAAUAUUUCAAGCAACUUUUUUUCGAAAAAAAUGCUACAUCAAGUGUUACGUCAAGCCAAACUUCAUUUGGUUAGUACAUGAGUCAUAUUUGAUUAAAUAAGA